AAAUCGUGGGCAGAAGAAUAAUGUGGGGAAAUUGGACAAUUGUCAGUGAAUUCGUUCUUGUGAGCUUCUCAACUCUGUCCUCUGAGAUACAGGCUUUACUCUUCCUCCUUUUUUUGGCCAUUUACCUGGUUACCCUUAUGGGAAAUGUCCUCAUUAUCUUGGUCACUACAGCUGACUCUGCCCUACAAAAUCCUAUGUACUUCUUCCUCAGAAACUUGUCCUUCCUGGAGAUAGGAUUCAAUUUGGUCAUUGUGCCCAAGAUGCUGGGGACACUGAAUAAGCAGAACACAACUAUCUCCUUCCUUGGCUGUGCCACUCAGAUGUAUUUCUUCUUCUUCUUUGGGGCUGCAGAGUGCUGCCUCCUGGCCACAAUGGCAUAUGACCGCUAUGUGGCCAUCUGUGACCCUUUGCGCUACCCAGUCAUCAUGGACCACAGGGCCUGUUCCCAGCUGGCAGCUGCCUCUUGGUUCUCAGGUUUUCCAGUGGCCACUGUACAGACCACCUGGAUUUUCAGCUUCCCAUUCUGUGGUCCCAACAGGGUGAACCACUUCUUCUGUGACAGUCCCCCUGUCAUUGCCUUGGUCUGUGCUGAUACCUCUCUGUUUGAACUGGAGGCUUUGACAGCUACUGUUUUAUUCAUCCUCUUUCCAUUUUUGCUGAUCCUGGGGUCCUAUGUCCCUAUCCUCUCAACUAUCUUCAGGAUGCCUUCAGCUGAGGGAAAACGCAAAGCCUUCUCUACAUGUUCCUCGCACCUCCUGGUUGUCUCCCUCUUCUACAGCACUGCCAUCCUCACAUACUUCCGACCUCGGUCUAGCACUUCUCCUGAGAGCAAGAAGCUGCUCUCACUCUCCUACACUGUAGUGACUCCCAUGUUGAACCCCAUAAUCUACAGCUUAAGGAACAGUGAAGUAAAAGCUGCACUGAAGCGGGUCAUCCAUAGGACCCUGGGCCUCCAGAAACUAAGACUGACUUAGAUGAAA